UUGGCCAACAAAACCACCUUCGUGGCAGAUCAGGCGUCUAUUUCCAUUCUCCUUCUAGUCGAAUACCUCCUCCUCCUUCCUUUUUCACUUUCGGGAAUCCGUCUCCACCUUAUUAUCUCUGAGCCGCUGUCAGGGAUACUCGGUCUCUCUUCCCCGGUUCCACCUGGUUGGUUUAGGAGUCUCACUAGCUGCAUCUCUUUUUACUCUACCGGUUCGCCCUUCGAGUUAGGCGUUUUAAAUUUUCUUUUUCUCCUGCACUGUCAUCUUGACCGACUUUUGACUUUGUGAUACAAUACAUUACAACAUCGACUGUGGUGCAACCUACCUUCAUCCUCCCUUUAUUUCGACGAUCCGCCUCCAACAGACAUCCGCGUUAGCUCUGGGGGUCUAUACUGCCCUUCCCUGGGUUGUCAUCAUCCCGGAACACCAAGCAAAGAGCAGAUACCUUCUUCUGACCGACCGCGGUGGAAAUGUUAGCAUCCCUCCCGCAGAUGGAGACGGUACGAUCGCUCCCCCGGAAUCCGGACGUUGUUGCGCGACACCCGUCCGCAGAGGACCUUGAUGCUGCGCAGCAGUUGAUAUCAUCGGCCCAGGCGGGUCGGGAACAUCCUGUCGACCGACUUCGCGAUGAAACAGGGCCUAAACGCUACGAAGAAAUGCCCAGUCGUGGUCCGCAUGAAGCAGACAAGUUCUUGGAUGUGUCGACGCCGUAUCCGUCGGAAAUUGGUGCAGCUCAGUCAGACAAGUCAUCGUCGCCGAAGUCCCAGAAAGAUACUUCAUUUCUAGGGCAUUCGUGUAGUAAUUGUGGAACAAAAAGCACUCCAUUAUGGCGGCGUUCCCCGACGGGAGCUAUGAUCUGCAAUGCUUGCGGUUUAUAUUUGAAGGCUCGUAACGUUGCUCGACCGACAAAGCGCAACCGUGUACAGACAAGUCCAGAAAUUACGCAACCACCGAGCAAUCCCUCGCAUCCUCCGCACGAUUCCCCUGCUCCAUCAUCGCACAAGGGAGGGGGCUGUCAUGGUUCCAAAGGUUCGUGUCCUGGGGGAGGGAAUUGCAAUGGUACAGGAGGGGCUGAGGGGUGUGACGGAUGCCCCGCUUACAACAACCGUGUGUACAAGUCGACUCCCCGGGGCACGGUGCCUGUGCAUGCUUGGAAUCGAGCAACAACCUCCGACAGCGAGAAGCCUCUUCCUCUACAGGAGCCCGAAUUAUCGGUAAAGAAUGGCACUCCAACGACAACAGAAGGCAAUAUGCUGGUAUCCUGCCAGAAUUGCGGCACUACGGUAACUCCACUCUGGCGACGAGACGAGAAUGGUCACCCCAUCUGUAAUGCGUGUGGUCUCUAUUACAAACUGCACGGUUGUUAUCGGCCUACCACGAUGAAGAAGACUAUCAUCAAACGACGGAAAAGGGUUGUGCCGGCGCUGCGAGAGCAUUCUCCGACGGGUGCCACGCAGUCAUCGAAUGGGUCUUCUGCCUCACCGGAAGCGUCUCCUGCUGCAUUAGCUCCUCACGACGACCAUUAUCGUUAUUAUAGCUCGGAACCCAUGGACCGUUACAAGCACAUGUCUGGUGAUCGUAUCUCACCGCAGGCCCCAAGGCAGUUUGGCUUCGCGCCGCCGCCUGUUGAUUUCACGGGGUUCGGCUCUGCGACGAUGUCCUUGCCGCACCACCCUCCCCCCCCGAGGCUGUUGGAGCCAGAUCGUAUCAACGCUCCCGGCCAUUCUCCCGUCUCGCAAUUCGCUCGACGAUCCCUCUCGCCUAAUCCUGCGAAUCCCAAGAAACGGACUCUUGCAGAGACCGCGUCAUCUGCGGAGGCCGUCGCGAUCCCCACAACGUUGGAAUCAGGGUCGAACCAACUUCCACCUAUCAUGUCAGCUGCCAACCCGUCCCCACCGGGCCGGCUCAGCUCGAUUUCUUCCAUUCUCAACCACCCUAACACGCGGGACGAGUCACGCUUGGACCCGUCGCUCGCUGCGCUGAGUCGCCAGCAGCACCAACACUCACACCAGGCUCUGGCACCUCCGCCCCCUCAGCCCUUGCCCGGAGUAACAGAGCUCGACAGUAUGCGGGAAGAACGCCGGGCUCAGUUACAGCGGGAAGCUGAGGAGAUGCGGGAGAUGCUGAGAGCGAAGGAGCGAGAAUUGGCCGAGUUGGGACGGCAAUGAUCGUUAUUUCCUUUCUGAGACUCGAUGUCUGAAUGUGCUUUUUGCUCAUUUUUGUCCAUUAAUACACCAGGCGCAGCUGUUGCUUUCUGACGAGAUACCACUUUCAACAGUCGAAGGAUUAACCGGGGUUUUG